AUGGACUCUCUUUUUACAGUCAAACCCGAUGAGCAUCAAACUUUUGACGAUUAUCUUGAAAAAUGUACCGAUCAUCGUACUAUUAUUAAUGAAGCCGUCAAACAACCAGAAAAUACGGACACAAUUUUAAACUCCAUUGAGAGGCUAACACCCAAGAUGAGGACCGUAUUCAUCAAGUACUAUCCAAAUCCUCUCAACGCUUCCUUGUUGAACUUCCUUGAUGCAUUCAUUCUUGGUAAAAAUGAGCUGUCCACAUUUGACGGCAUUCUUCUGGAUUAUCCAGAAUCUUCACCAAGAUUUGCCACACUCGUUGGAAACAGAACACAAUUGGAUGAUACUACACUUUUCUCAACUCAAAUCAUGUCUGAGAGGCCAAACAUAACAUAG